CUUGUAUCCGUUUGGAAGCACUCAAUUUCAGUUUUUCAUUCAACAGCUGAUCUACGUAUACGAUUCUAAAAUAGGCUACCCAAUAUUUUUCGAAACUUUCCACAUCGAAAGCGAGAUAGUUCACUUGUGACUAGUGGGUUCUCUCGACUGGAUUAUUGAAGCAAACAUGAAUCCAUUUUACACUUCGUGGAUAGUACUUUUCGCUCCCUAUUGCAUUAGCCAAAUUGAACCAUCAAAGCUCGCUUUAAAUAUCGAUUCCGGAAACCUGACUCGGAGUCAAACGCACUGGCAAACUCACGAAAUAAAACAUAUCUGGACUAUUAAUCAAUUCAGUUUGCACGAAAAAUUAGACACGAGUAAUAUUUUAACCCCCAAGUUACGCGCAUCCACAACUGAUGAUUAUGAAUGGUAUGCUGAAAUCGAGCCCAAUAAAGAACUGUACAACGGAGAUAAAACAAUCGCUCUGUGGAUACAUCUAUCCUACGGCAGUACGGUUUCAAAAGUGUUAGCAAUGAACAAUAAUUCGAUUAUAAAUCAUAAAAAAGAAGUAUUAUUUUACAAGCAAACUCCGGUGCCAAGAAAUUACAGAACAGAUUCACUCGGUUGGGGCUGGAAGUCGUUUUGCCCGAAAGAUGAUUUUUUCAGAAAUCAAUUACUCCAAAACGACACAUUGAUUUUGUUUAUCCACAUAAAAUGCUAUACCGAAUCUUCUAAUAACGUUUCUCACCAACUCGAAAUUUCUUCUCCCAGCCCCACAUCCACACCUGAUACUACUGCUAUUAAAUGUGACCUCUCCGAAGACUUUGAAUCUCUGCUCGAAAAUCCCAAAUGCGCUGACGUAAUAUUCACGACGAAUGGAAGCAAUUACCCAGCUCACAAAUACGUUUUAUCCGCACGCAGUCCCGUUUUCGCCGCCAUGUUUAAGCGUAAAGAUUUGAAAAAUGGAAAAAUUCGAAAAAUUCGAAUAAACGUUACACACAUGGGCGAAGAAGUACUACGUGCUAUGCUUCGAUACAUUUAUACCGGGAAGUACGAAAAUAUAGGCAAACUAGCGGAUAAAUUGUUUGUAGCUGGUGCUAAAUAUGGUUUGGAAGAAUUGAGAAAAAUUUCCGAGCAAACGCUUUGCCAGACUUUGACGGCAGAAAACGCAGAGGAUAUGUUUGUAUUCGCCAAGAAACACCAUGCCAACGAAUUGAAAUCCAAAGCUGCGCAAUUUAUAGCAAACAGAUAUGUUCAAAAGUUGAAUAAAACGGACUAGGAACAAAAUCACGAUUUCAUUAAAGAUAAUUAUUUCAAUCACUCUUAAAACUUUGUUUAAUUUCUUGGCAAUUUACCAGAAAAAAAAUCAGAAAUUCUACAAUAUUUUUUGCAAAAAAAAACCUUCAUUUUCUCAAAAAUUGAGACUUUUUGACAAUUUUAACAAAGAUUGAAUUUUUUGACUAUUUAGGCAAAAAUUGAAACCGUUGGACAAUUUUGACCAAAAGUGACACUUUUCGACAAUUUUUAUAGAACAAAAACCUUUUAACGAACCUUCAUCUUGCUAGAUUGGGAGGAAUAUUACAGCCAUUUAGUAGCCGAAGGAAAUUUUGGCUGUAUUUUCUCCAUCUCGCUUUUUCUACCUAUUUAUCUAUACCCACUUCAAAAAUGUUUCUAUCUACCAUUUGAGAUACUUACCUAUCUUGUUAGAAAGCUUUGAAGUUGUGAUUGUAAAAAUAGGACUUUUAAUAUCGACAAACCUGAUUUGUAUUCAAUAUGAGACAUUUUUUUCAGAGCGAACCCUCGAAAUCACCUUUGAAUAGCCAUGUUGAAAAUUUAAUCCGAAGCGACACAUACUUGCAAACUUAUGAAAUAAGCCAUAUUUGGACUAUUCAUCAAUUCCGAUUCCACGAAAACCUUGAGACUAAUGUAAUUACCUCGCCCUAUCUACAUGCACCCUCGACUGAUACAUAUAAAUGGUAUAUUUUUAUGAACCCUAAUGGCAAAGAUGAUAACAAUGAUACGAUUUCUCUGAUGUUAUGUCUAAGCGAAUACAGUACCGUUGAAGAGACCACUGCCGAGGCUAAUAUUUCCAUCAAGAACAAUAAAAAAGAAACAUUACUUGAACGCAGUUUCACACCAAAAAAAUUUGAACUCGAAUCAAACCAAACUUGUUGGGGUUGGAUAAACUUUUGCAAGAAAGAUGAUUAUUUUAGAAAUCAAUUACUCCAAAACGACACAUUAACCCUCACAAUUUACAUAAAAUGGUUAUCUGAAUCACCAAAUGAGGUUAUUACAACAUAAUGUUUCUUCAAACGAUGCUUCACCCGAGACCACCUCCAUCAAAAAUCUCACUAAAAACUUGGAAUCGAUGCUCGAGAACCCGAAAUUCGCAGACGUCGUUUUUAUUACGAAUGGAAGCAGUUAUUCAGCCCAUAAAAUUAUUUUGGCCGCACGAAGCUCAAUUUUCGAUGCCAUGUUUCAACAAAAAGAUUCGAAAAAUGGAAAAUUGAAAAAAAUCCGUGUAAACUUUACACACGUGAACGAAAAAGUGUUACGUGCGAUGCUACGAUACAUUUAUACAGGAAAAUGUGAACAGUUAGGAGAACUAGCAGACAAAUUAUUUGAAGCUGCUACCAAAUAUGGUGUGUACGGAUUGAAAGAAACUUGCGAACAAACACAUAAUAAAACUAUGCUUGGUUAAAAAAUGCACUGGGCUUAUCCGAUUCAUAAAAAAACAAGUAACUUAAGCAAUAAGCUAAGAAUUUUUGUGUCCCUAUAACCCACAAGGAAAGUUAUUAUUUUGAAAAUGCAAUGAAAAAAUCUCAUUGAAAUUAGAUACCAAGUGUCACGGCACAACUUACAAAUUCACAAAUAAAAAUUAUGACACAGUUUCAAAUUGGUUUCAUUAUGAAAAUUUUCCAGUAUAUUUUGUGAAAAAAUUAUGAACUCGUCAUUCAACGAGUCAAUUUCAUGGAAAAGGGGGUACAAAUUCAAUCAAGUGUAAAUCUUUUGGGGUGAAAUUGUUUCCACUUUCAAAAAAAUAAAAAGUUAUACCUCCUUAAAAUUCUGAAAAAAGAAAAUACUUACCUACCUGUAUGCUUUUAUACAGUUUCACUAAUUUUUUUUCCAGCUUCAUUUUUGGACCAAAAAUUUGGACUUUUUCACAACUUUGGCAAAGAGUGAGACUUUUUAAAACAGCUAAAGAAAAAAAUCUAAAACUUUUGAGAUAUUUGGUCAAUAAAAGCAAGAACGUCUCAGCAAUUCUGGAAAAAAUCCAGAUCUUCUGACAAUUUGGACAACGAAAACUAUCAGACAAUUUCAACCAAAAAAAAACAACCUUUUUUAACAGUUCAAAAAAAUCAACUUUUUUGUUAUGUUUGUCAAAAAAAAAAAAAAAAAAUCAAACAAUUCUGGGGAAAAUCAGGUCUUUGAAAAUUUUUAGAUAAAUAUGAGGACUUUUAACAAUUGUAGCAGGAAAUGAACUUUCUGACAGUUGUUGGCAACAAUAAGACUUUUUCACGAUAAGACUUCUUUACAAUUUCGACAAAGAAACAGGACCUCAACCUUUUUCGGCUGUUUGAGGAGAACUGAAGACUUCUUGACAAUUUUUACAAAAAAUAGAGCCUUUGUGACAAUUGAUCGUAAAAUGGAACUUUCUGGCAACUUUGACAAAAUUAUAGCUUUGAAGAUUUUAGAGUAAAUGGGACAUUCCUAGAAUUUAGACAAAAAAUGGGACUUUAUUCAACAAUUUUAUCAAAAAUUGAGACUUUUUAAAAGUAACUAUACGUAGGUACCUACCUAUCUCAUAAUUUUAAACUUUUAACAAAAAAUUGAACUGUUUGACAAUUUCGAUAAAAAACAGGACUUUUAUUUGGCAAAACAAGACUUUUUAGAUAAGUUAAAUUGAAAAUCAACACUACCUAUUCGGAUGUUUUGCCGAAAAAAGGAGAAAUCUAUAUCAACAAAUAAAUUUUGGUAAAAACUACGACUCUUUGUCUAUUUUGUGAAAAGAAUGGGACUUUUGACAAUUCUGACAUAAAUCGGGCUUUUUGCCAAUCUUGAAGAAGAAAACAUCACCUUUCUUGUAUUUUUGGUGGAACACGUGAUUUUUUUGUGCAAAUUUCCACAACUCCACCUCAAUAAAAAUAACCAAAGAAUGAUUUUUUUGAAGGAAAAAAAUUUAAAGGGAAUAAAUUUUUUUGUGAUGCUAGUACUACUAAAAAGCAGAUUAAUAAAUGGACAGAUUUCGAGUUAGAAUCAUCUGUUUGGAAUCAAGGUCAAAAUACGAAAAAUUGACGCUUAAUUAAAACGAAUUCGAUGAUAUAUCUUUCGAAAUUCGUUCGGAUCAUUUGAAACUGAGAUAAACACAAAUUAUUUUCCUUACUUCCGCUUUAAAGCAAUCAAUUUCAGUUUUAUGUACAUACAUUUUUACAUUUAACAUAUCCACGAAUAAGAUUCUUAUAUCCAGUACUUUUUGAAACUUAUUCCACAUCGAUAGCAAGAUAAUUUACUAGUGACGAGUGGUUUCUCUCUACUGGACUAUUGAAGCAAUCAUGCAUCCAUUCUACAUUACAUGGAUAUUACUUUUCGCCUCCGUUUGCAUUAAUCCAAGCGAAUCUUCAAAAAGCCUUUCAAAUGGCGAUGUUGAAAAUUUCACCCGAACCGACACAUACUUGUCAACUCAUGAAAUAAACCAUAUUUGGGCUAUUCAUCAGUUCCACUUCCACGAGAACCUUAAGGCUAAUCAGAUUAACUCGCCCAUCUUACAAGCACCCACAACCGAUAAAUAUAAGUGGCAAAUUCACAUGUAUCCUAAUGGCGACGAUAACAACAAUAUGAUUUCUGUAUAUGUAUGUCUACGCCAUGACAGCGCAGUUGAAGCGACAACUGCAGACGCUAAUAUUUCAAUCAUAAAUAAUAAAAAAGAAGUAUUACUUUCCAACCAUUUAUCGGCAAUAAAUUAUGUACGCGGAUCAGUUGGGUCGUGUUGGGGAAAUGACUUUUGCAAGAAAGAUGAUCAUUUUAGAAAUCAUUUACUCCAAAACGACACAUUAACCUUCUCAAUUCACAUAAAAUGGUCAUCUGAACCACCACAAAACUUCGAAUCGAUGCUCGUAAACCCGAAAUUUGCAGACGUCGUUUUUAUAACGAAUGGAACCAGUUAUCCAGCCCAUAAAAAUAUUUUGGCCGCACGCAGUUCUUUUUUCGCUGCUAUGUUUCGACGAAAAGGUUCGAAAAAUUGGAAAUUGAAAAAAAUUCGAAUAAACGUUACCCACAUGAACGAAAAAGUGUUACGUGCGAUGCUACGAUACAUUUAUACAGGGAAAUGUGAACAGUUAGGAGAAUUAACAAACAAAUUAUUCGAAGCUGCUACAAAAUACGGUCUGUACGGGUUGAGAGAAACUUGCCAGCAAACGCAAAAUAGAACUUUGUUUUAGUUGGAAAAGCAUCGAACCAUCGAAUUCGUAGAAAACAAAUCAGCUCGCAACUUUUGUAGCCAAACCGAAUCUGAAUGCACAAGGAAGAUUUACGAUUUGCGAUUCAUGUUUUAAAAAUGCAGAGGAGAACUUGUGUUGAAUUGAGAUACCUGCCAAUAUCAUUUACACGACCUUUAAAUUUCGAAAUAACUGUUAAUAAAUUUUUCAAUUUUA